AUGCCAUACCCCGGUAACAGCCUCGACCGGCGGGACAAACCAGAUACCCGUUGGUGUAUCCUCCAACACGGUACUUCUGCCUUCCCUCCUACUUCACCUCCCUCUGCUUCCUUCAUCUUUCUCGCAUCCCUCUUCUUCUUCUUCUUCUUCUUCUUCUUCUUCUUCUUCUUCUCCUUCUUCCUCCUCCUCCGUUUCUACUUCCCGCUCAACUCCACCCUUCUUCUCCCCUCUUUUCCACUUUCUCUUGAUGGCCCAUUCCGACGCAGAAAAGAACGAAUUCUACUAGGACCUGCACGCCCUACUGGCGACUGA